AAUUCUUCAGCGUAAUGUCAUUUUCGGAUGUUUUGGAUGCAAAACCAAAAGAGCCAAAGCUCUAUCGAUUGCUUGGGUGUGAUGAAAGCUCUUCGAUAGAUCAAAUAACUGCCGAAUAUCGGGCACGGGUUCGCGACUGCCAUCCGGAUAAAGUGAAGGAGCACAACACGAAUUCGACUGAAAAAUUCAUGGAGCUACAGGGAAGUUUAAUAAAAUAAAUUAAUAUCAAUAAAACGCACAAUAAUUGUUGUUACCUCUUCAGAAUGCAUAUUCUAUUUUAACGAGUGAUUCUCGUCGAAAAACUUACGAUUCGUGGCUUCAUUCCCCGUUUCCAGUUUCUUUUGAAGACUUCACAAAGUCUCAGGACACUUUUCAGAUGUCAACUCACUGGGCAGUUCCAAAAUCUCAACCAUCUAUUGCAGCCAAUCAACCAGAAAAGUUGUCUCAAAAUUUUAAAUCUGAAAAAUCUGAAAAAUCACGCUGGUCCGACGGUGAUCGAUAUCAAUCAUCGAUUGCCUCGGCUUUUAGAAAUUAUAAAGUUUAAACCUGAAAUUUUUUGCCAAAUUUAACACUCCAAAAUAAUAUGAAUAUUUUCAAAACAAUAUUUGUAUUUUAUUCAUUUAUAUCAAUUCUUAAUAAAUGUUUAUUGAAUA